CAUUUGAAAACGAAGACAGUAGCCAUGGAGAGUGAGUGAGUGAGUGAAGAAAGCUAAGUGUUCUAAGCGGAGCGACAGGGAAGUGCAGAGGGACGAGUAGAGGAAUUCUCUGAUCUUUGCGUUUAAGUUCUGGGCCUUGAUUUAUCUUUUUGAACUGGGUGACCAUGUGUCCUUCAGCACCUGUCCCUUCGCUUGCUAAAAUUGAGUUCCAUUUCACUGAUGAAGUGCUUGUAGACCAUUUGGAAAGAAUGGUCCGUGGGGCGCCUCUUCCAGACAAUGUGAUUACAGAUGUGAACCCUUACAAUGUUUUGCCCUGGAAUUUGCCUGAUGACAUGUGGUACUUCUUCAAUUCGUCGGAUCCUAAAGCUACAGGUACUGGAUAUUGGAAAGCUACAGGGGAGGGAUGCAGAAUACCAAAAAAUGCUACCACUACUGGUUGCAGAAAUACUCUGGAAUUUUACGAAGGCAGAGCUCCUUGUGGAACCAAAACUGAUUGGAUGAUGUAUGAAUACAAGUUAUAUUGGAAGGGACUCUCUGAAAAGAAUGAGGCACAGGAUUCCAAUUCACUGUGUACGGUCUUUCUCAAUAGCAUCCAGAGUCCAAACCAUGAACAGCACCAGAACCAUACUGGUGCAGAUGAUGCUAAUGGAAAUUGUAUUCGUCCAAUGUCAGCAAUCAGGGUGAACGAAUGUGGCUUGAGAAGGUCCCAGGUGAACUAUGGUAUUGAUGAGAAUGGACCGGCAGCUGUGUCUGAAAGGUAUCUGCCAGAUCAGAGGCCUAAUAAUCCAGUCCAGGACCUGCAUGAAAACUAUGAUUUCUCAAUAGGAGACUUCAUAGAAUUAAAUGAUCUUGUUAAUCCUGAAUCUCCUUCCAGUUCUGAAUCAAGUUGCUUGACCAUGUCAUCGGAUGAAUGCUUUGAUUCCUUGGCCUUGUUGCGGGAUAUAGAGGCUGAAAAUACACAGAAAACCCAGACAAAUUCUACAUUCUGUGUCUCUACAUCUCACAGACCCAAACAGAUGGUUCUCAAGUCAACAUCGUCUGGAUCAGCAGUACAGCAACAUGUUGCAGUUCAAGGCCCUCGGCUUGCCCUUGAGAACAAGAUUCAAAAACAUGUUGUAGUUCAAGGCCCCUAUACAAAAGCAGCAAAUCAAGUGGCAUCAUCAAGUGGUCUCCCAGCAGAUUCACAUGGAAAAAGAAAGGUUGUUGGUUGGAUGACAAAGCUUAGGAAGAAAUGUUGCUGCUUCAUGCCAUUUUAGCUUUUGUAUGUGUGUAUAUAUAUUAUAUGUUUUAUAAGAGUGUGAUAGGUAGUUUAGGCUCCGUCUGGUUGCCAAAAAAAGGAAGGGAAAGAAAGUGAAAUUGGUUUUAAAAAGAAAAAAGAAAAUUAGUUAUCAUUGCCUAACAUGAUUGUAUAACCUACUUAAAAUUCUCACCAUA